UACCUAGAUGUGAUCCGGUCAGGGCUGUGGAAGGCAGUUUAAAGUGGGGGCCAAUAUAAUUUGUUUCUCUACCUGACUCUUCUUUUCCUCUCUGAGGUACCCCAUCUGCCAGCAUCUUGGUCUGCCAGCCCAUCCCUUCCAAAUUUGAAUGAGUGAUGCUGUUGUCUGGCAUGUUGCUUUGCUGUUGAAAACAUAAUUUAGUUCCCCCACUCCUCUAGACUCCAUGCUUUGAGACAAAGGAGGAACUUGGAAUUCUGAAAUGAAGAUGGAGGCAGUGGGAAAAGUAGAAGAACUCGACUCAGAAGUCUCACCAAAACUUGCAGAAAAACAAGAGGCAGAUGGACCUAUAGAACUAGACACACAUGCUCAGAAAGAUGGUGUGCCCAUUGUAGCAGAUUCGGUGGUGCUCUCCUCAAUGCCAUGCUUACUGAUGGAACUGAGACGGGACUCCUCCGAGUCUCAGUUAGCUUCUACAGAGAGUGAUAAGCCAACUGCAGGCCGAAUUUAUGAGAGUGACUCUUCUAAUCACUGCAUGCUUUCACCUUCUUCCAGUGGGCAUUUGGCUGAUUCAGAUACACUGUCUUCCGCAGAAGAGAAUGAGCCCUGUCAGGCUGAAGCUCCCGUAGAGGGAGACCCUUCUGGAGUUUCUGGGGCUGCACUUGGAAGAAAAUCUAGACGAUCCAGGUCUGAAAGUGAAACAUCAACUAUGGCUGCCAAGAAAAAUCGACAGUCUAGUGAUAAGCAGAAUGGACGAGUCACCAAGGUAAAAGGUCAUCGGAGCCAAAAGCACAAAGAGAGAAUCCGGCUAUUAAGACAGAAACGGGAGGCAGCUGCUCGUAAGAAAUACAACCUGCUGCAGGACAGCAGUACCAGUGAUAGUGACCUGACCUGUGACUCAAGCACGAGUUCAUCAGAAGAUGAUGAAGAGGUUUCAGGGAGCAGCAAGACAAUCACUGCAGAGAUACCAGCUGGCUUCAGUCGUGCUGGGGGAUCUGGAGGAGCGACCAGGGAAAUUCCAGGAUUGCUUGACAGGGGCACCGUGUGGGAUAGGAACUGCAUAGGCAAUGUCCUGGAAGAGGCCAUGAACUGCUUUGCUGAGAUGCAGAGGCAGACAGAGGAGAAAUUUCGCAUGUGGAUAGAAAAGCUAACCCGUCUUGACACGGAUGAAGAAACCAAGCAACAACUGGAGCCCAGGGAACCUAAAAUACAACUAGUUGGCCAAAGAAUUCCCCCUACAACACAAUCUGGGGCAUACAUGCAGAUGUCUGAUAGCCAAGUACUUCCACAGCAGUCCUUUAAUUCUUAUGUGAGCUAUCAAAAUGUUGACACUACGUUAGAGUUUCCAGCGACUUUUAAUAACAAUUUUCCAGCUGUGUUUCCAGAGAAUGGGAAUGUUGAAGAGCAUGAUUUGAAUCAAUCAAAAACUUAGUCUUUAAAAUCUUAUUACCUUGGAUUGUGCUAAGAAUGAAAUUUGUUUUUCUCCCCACAAGUGUUUUUUCUUGUGAUGGUUUUUACCAUUAAUGCCAUAAUUUUUUUAUUUAAAGAAAACUUAACAUGAUUUUAUAAAAACAAACACACACAUGCAAAACUCAAAACAAAAAUCUGUCACCAAAGUUUGGCAAGAUGUAAAUUAGAAUCCUUGUUACAUACCCUUGGAAUGGUACAGCUAUGUUUGUUAGAAGCAAUCUGUAUUCAUCUAUAUGUUCCUCUUGCAUGCCAAAAAGUUUUAUAUAUAGAAAUACAAGUUUAAAUUUAAAGACUUAAGGAAUCCUAGCGAACCAGACUACAUAAUAAUUAAGACAUACUUAAAAAUCCAUUCAUAACUAAAUUCUGCCACUUAAACUUGUCUACAUAUUCAUUCUUCCUUUUUUUUUUUUUUUUUUUUUUUUACAGAAGUCACAAACAGGCCUACCUUAAAAAUUAGGUGUACAUACUGAGUUAAUUUUCUCACAAGAACUUUUAUUAAUGUCAUUACCAUGUUGCAUACAAUAUUCCUAUUUAGAGUAAACACCAGUUUUGUGUAUGCGUCUGUAUAUAUAAUUAUCUAUUCACAUGCACUUUUGUGCUUGUGCAACAUAUGCACAGAAAACAUGGGUAGGUAGGGGUGUGUAUUUUGUAUAUAUAUGGUCAAACUAUAUCUUUCAUGCUGAAAUAUAAAGAACAGCUUUAGUCCUGAGAUAAGCAGACUUUAUAGCAGGAGUGAGGAACCUUUUUUGGGUCAGGGGCCACUGACCCACAGAAAAAUCUGUCGGGGGCCACAAGUGAGAAGUAAAAAAAAAAAAAUCACCUCACUGAUGUGGCCCCCAAGUAAAUAGCAGAAAGACAGUCCCUCACAUACCAGAGCCUAGUGGGGGCCAGGACUAGUACAUUUUGUGGGAGAAAAUGCCUCCAGGCAGUGAUUUAUUGUGCCAACCAGCUGUGGGUUGGAUCUGGCUCUGGCUUGCCUGACUCAGGUGCUCAAGUCUUGGGGUUCCUCCUUCCGCAGUGGGGAGUCAGCACUGGUGCUCCCGGUCGACAAGGGGAGUUUCAGGGAGGAGGUGGAAUGGAUCACCAGCACAGGCUCCCUAAUGUUGUCUGAUGCUCCCUAAUGUUGUCCAGCCUCUGGGCCUUAGGUUCCCCACCUUUGCUUUAUAGUAUAUUUCAGUCUUGGCCCAAGAAUUAACGAGGAAAAAAAAAAAAAAGUCUGACAUUGAGAUUGGUAAACACUGGUGGAUUUAAUGCACUGUUUGCUGGUGGGUCAUAAAGCAAGAACCACCUCUCUGCCGUUGAAAUGAUUACCUGUGAUUGGGAAUGUCAUAGCAUUAGUUUUGUUUAUAUAAUAUAGUAACUGUCUACUGUGUGGUUUGGUUUUGUUGAUAGUUAUUCUGAAUAGUCAGGCUUGAAACUUUGAUGUGUAAAUUAGGAUUAAGCUAUACAGUAUAUAAUAGAAAUAACUAAUCCUCACUACUAUUGCCAGAAUACAUGUGGUUUUCUGUAGCCUUUACAGUUGGGCUUUCAUAACACAAUAAUUUCCCCUUAGUUAUCAAAAAUAUAUAUUUAUAUAGUUUAUUAUCCUUAGUUUUGGAGUGAUAUUUCUAAUACGGAAAAAGUCAAAAAUCUAAUAGGAAUUAAAAGAUUCUACCUAGAUGUCAUUUAAGUAAAGACAAUAUAACAGGUCUUUGGGGGCUCUUAAAAUUUCAUUUAUUAAAUCAUGGUGAUUUUAUAAUUUUUUAUUUAGCCACUUGGAAUUUUCUUCCACUUAGAAUUACCAUUGUGUAUCUAUAGGCCUGAUACAAAGCCCAGUCAAGACAGUGGGAGAUUUAUCAAUUUACGUAGCCUUUGGAUCAGGUCCUACAUGAAUAGCUCUAAUAAUUCUUAUCAGUUUUAAAUAUAAAAGUAACAAUGUUGUGUUAAUAGUUUUCCCGCCAUUUUUCUAUAUCAUUUUUAAAAAGUAUGGUUCUAUAUGAUUGUGUUUGUCUUUUUAACAAUGAGUUUUGAGAACUGUUUUUUCAGAGGGACUGUUUGAAAGGUUACGCCGCAGAUAAUUUUUAAAUAACUAAGAGUAAAUUUCUUUGCAAGAUUUCCUUCAUGUAUAAUUUUGAUAGACAUAUUGAUACUAACUUGAUAGAAAUCUCCCUAAUUUGAAAUUGUGUACAUUUUUAGCUCAAGUUGUUAGAAGCUAUACAUUUAUAACACUGAGUUACUGUGUGUGGUUGAAAUGUAACAAACUUUGUCCUCCUCUGUUUAAGAUCGUUCAGGGAAAAAAAUUUCUUGUAUUCCUAGAUUUAAUAUAUAAUAUAUACUUUUAGAAUUAAAAUAUGAGCAUCAUAAUUAAAGCAUGACAACUCUACAGUUUUUCCCAUGCAUGCAAAAGCUGCUUACAGCAGUGACUGGUUUCUUUUAUGUAUAAUAGGGUCACUUACUCAGUAUGUCAAGCAUGCUAUGAAACAUUACUUAAAAAAAAAAAAGGAGCAAUUAAGCAUUUGAAAGCAAAUUGCCUUAAGAGUUCAGCAGAAUUUGGUUUUAUUGUGUAGUAUAAAGUUUUAUAUAUGGAUUAGAAAUCUCUAACUGUGUCAUAACUAGAGCCCUGCACAAAUAUAAAAUGUGUAUCCUCAAAAAUGAGCUGUAGAUAUCUGCAUCCCUAUCCGCAAAUUUCCAGAGUUCUAGGUACAAAAUUUAUAUCCACGUUUGUAUCUGCAAAAAUGAACUGUGCAUAUCUGCAUCUGUGGAUGUGAAUGCGGCUAUAGAUACUCUCAGAUAUAUUGCGGAUAAUUUGCAGGACUCUAAUAGUAAUUUUGCAGUGGUUGUAGUCAAUGAAGUUUCUCUAACUUCUGUGCCUUGGGCAGAUCAUAGGAAUCUUGGGGGAAAAAAAUAAAACCAAUCCUUAGCAUUGAAGCUUGAUGGGAUUUUUUAAAAAUUGAAACUGACCUUUGAAAUUUAAGUUUUAUUAAAAGCACUCUAACUUUGACUACCUGCAACAAGAAAAAUACACUUUCUGCUUUUAAAAAACACCUUUUUGCUUCCAACUCAUUACUUGAUUUUACUUUGUAAAUUGCUGUUAAUGCUAAAUCAGAAAACAGUGGUGGAACAUGCAUAUGGGAAUGAUACUAAAAUGGUGUCCUUCUCAGGAUAAGCUAGUUCAAUGGCAUCUAGUUAAUUAUUAGGAAAAUGUUUCAGAUUAGAGACAUAGAAUGUAUUGGUAUUUCCAGAUGUCCAUUAUACAAUAUUGAAAAUACCUGGAAUGUGGCUUUAGUUUGGUCAGUUGCUCUAUCUGUCUCCUAAAGAUAUUGAGACAGAUAGUUAGCUGGCAUAAAUCAGUAUCACUCCUUUGAAGAAAAAUCCAAUGUCAUUUUAUACAAGCUGAAGACCUGGCCCAUUAGCGUUUGUUCUGGUUUCAAGGAUUAUAGUCCUCCUGGGGAAAAUAAUUUUCUCUACUUGCAUUGUUUUGGUAUUAAUAUCAUAUUUGGGAUAAAGAAUGCUCUGUUUUUAUGCUACUGGAAAAUAUGCAAUCAUUCUGGUUGUACAAUUAAAAGUGUUUAUCAUGCUGCUCUAUAUUCUGAAUUAAGAUGUGAUGUGCUACAGGAAAACUGACCUUUUUAUGUCGACGUUAGUAUUGAGUCUAUUUGAAUUGUGUAUGACAGCACUUGCCAAAUUUUAACUGAAUAGUUUCAUAAUACAGUUUGAAAGUAUUUCUGAAACUAUUUUUGUUUUAUGGUGGCAUAUUUAUACAGCUACAAUUCAGAGUAUCACGGUUUCUGCUGUAUGCUCCUGUUUUUAAAGAUUUUGACUUGAAAUUACCGUAUAUUCCGGCGUACAAGACGACUUUUGAUGUUAAAAAACAUCCCCCAAAAAUCGGGGGUCGUC